GAUUCAUUGGUUCUGCCUGGAGGUUGAGCCAGACGAGAAAGCGAAGCCAAUGUGAUUUAUUGAAUGAAGAUAGUGGACAAUUACUAACAACUUGUUCACAUUUUGCCUCAUACAGCCUGAUCUGGACCUGCCACGUGAACAUGACGCAGCAAAUGCAGAACUUGAAUCUUUCCCAGAUGAAAAAGAGCGGCAGCGGGCCGUCUUCUCCGAACGCUGCGAAACGGCUCUACCGAAACCUCUCCGAGAAGCUGAAGGGGAGUCACGCAUCCUUCGACGAAGCAUAUUUCAGAGCCAGAUCAGAUAGACUCAGUCUCCGGAAGACUUCAGUGAAUUUCCAGUGCAACGAAGCCAUGUUCGAGGCCGUGGAGCAGCAGGACUUGGAUGCCGUUCAGAUUCUCCUCUAUCAAUACACCCCAGAGGAGCUGGAUCUAAACACACCAAAUAGCGAGGGUUUAACACCCUUGGACAUUGCCAUCCUAACAAACAACGUGCCCAUCGCGAAGAUCCUUCUGAGGAUCGGAGCAAAGGAGAGUCCGCACUUUGUUACCAUGGAAAGCAGGUUGAUGCAUUUGAGCACGUUGGUCCAGGAAGCCCAGCAGCGGGUGAAUGAACUGUCUACACAAGUGAUGAGUGAAGGGCUAGGAAUGGACAGCGCAGAAAAAGAGAAGCAACUGAAAGCGUGGGAGUGGAGAUACCGACUCUACAAGCGAAUGAAAGCAGGCUACGAGCAUGCCAGAGCCCCCGAGGCGCCAACCAACGUCUGUCUCAUGGUAACAAGCAGUACAUCACUCACUGUCACCUUCCAAGAACCUCUUAGCGUCAACUCAGCUGUAGUGACCAAAUAUAAAGUGGAAUGGAGCUGCUCUGAAGACUUUUCUCCUUUGGCCGGGGAAAUUAUCAUGGAUAAUCUUCAGUCUUUGAGGUGCAUCAUCACAGGCCUCAGAACGGGCCAAAGGUAUUAUGUCCAAGUCUCUGCCUACAACAUGAAAGGAUGGGGUCUGUCCCAAGCUACUACUCCUGCCUCCGCUUCUCCAUCCAACUGGAAAGACUAUGAUGGAAGAGACCCUCGACACAGGGGACACACUGAAGCCCUGGAACAUCUCCUUCAGCAGGUCCGAGCGUCUCAUCAGCAUUACAGUUGCAGAGAAGGGUCUAAGUUGCAGAACGCCGGGCGCAAGCAAUCAGUCUCUAGGAGCCUGAAGCAUCUUUUCCACUCUUCAAACAAGUUUGUGAAGACAUUGAAACGGGGGCUCUACUUAGCUGUUAUAUUUUAUUACAAAGACAACUUGUUAGUAACCAAUGAAGAUCAAAUCCCAAUUGUGGAAAUCGAUGACUCUCAUACUAGUUCCAUUAUGCAUGAUUUUCUGUGGUUCACCAAGCUGUCUUGCAUGUGGGAUGAUAUCAGGUGGCUGAGGCAGAAUAUGUCCAUAUCCGUGUCCUCGUCAACAGCACUUCAAGCCAGGCAAAAGAUGCUUUCAGCAGCAGCACAGUUACAGAAUUUGUUGGGAACUCACAACUUGGGCAGAGUUUAUUACGAACCGAUCAAAGACAGACACGGCAAUAUCCUGAUAGUUACAAUACGAGAAGUGGAGACUCUCUAUUCGUUUUUUAAUGGCAAAUGGAUGCAGAUAUCCAAGCUGCAAAGCCAGAGGAAAUCCCUUUCAACUCCAGAGGAGCCAACGGCACUAGACAUCUUGCUCAUAACGAUCCAGGACAUACUUUCCUAUCACAAAAGAAGUCAGCAGCGCCUCUCUCCCGGGUUGUACCUGGGUUACCUUAAACUCUGCAGCUCUGUCGAUCAAAUCAAAGUUCUUGUCCUGCAAAAGCUGCCCAACAUCCUGUGUCAUGUUAAAAUACGAGACAACAGCAACGUUUCCAAAGAUGAGUGGGAAUGGAUCCAAACCUUUUCUGGCUCAGAAUCUGUGGAAAGUAUGGAUCACGCAUCAGACUGCCCUACUCAAUUGUUCUUCUAUGAGCUCCAGAUGGCAGUGAAAGCACUCCUUAAACAGAUCAAUCUACCUCUACACCAGGCUAAGCACUUCCGUCUGUAUACACAGGAGGUGUUGGAACUGGGUCACAAUGUCUCCUUUCUUCUCCUGCUCCCCGCCUCAGACGACGUCUGCACUGCCCCAGGACAGAAUAAUCCUUACACCCCACACUCAGGAUUUCUUAACCUCCCUCUUCAGAUGUUUGAACUCGUUCAUUUUUGCUGUUACAAGGAGAAAUUUAUUAGUCUGUAUUGCCGCCUUUCUGCUGUCAUAGAGCUGGACUCUCUGAAAACCCAGCAGUCCCUAAGGGAAGCAAUUUCAGACAGUGAAGUCGCUGCAGCCAAACAAAGACACCAGCAAGUGUUAGACUAUAUACAGCAAAUUGAUGAGAUCUGGCGUGAAAUGCGGUGGAUCACUGAAGCGCUGCAGUAUGCCAGAUACAAGCAGUCAUCAGCUGGAUUUCCCAUCAUGAAACUUGUGGACCUUUCAGAAGAACAGAUUCAGAAGAAGAUAAGUUCAACAUCGUCCCAUCUAGACUGUCUUCCAUCACCACCACCAUCACCAGAACUUAGGAGCCAGAGGAGAAAAGCUUUGAGUGAUUCCCAGCCCUGCUCGGAUGAAGAAGGCUGCUCUGAAGUGUUUCUUCCAACCGACAGCGACUACGAUUCCAGCGAUGCAUUGAGCCCCAGAGAACUAGAUUUAGUGUAUUCCUCCCCGCAUGAUAUAUCCCAGCAGGUAGGCGGUGGCCUGGGUGGUAGCGCACCUGAUGUUCUCCAAGUACACGACAUGAAGCCUUGUCUGACGUUGAAAGAGGACCCAAAAGCGAGCAGUGCCUUGGAUGCUAACGCUGAAUAUUGCACGGAGUACAUGAACAGUCUGACAAUAGCAGGGCUGACGUCAAAAAGCACAGAGAAGACUUCCAGCUCCAGGCAGGCUCUGAGCUUCUUGGGGAAAAAAAAGCUGGGGAAGCAUCAGCACUAUAACUACUUCAGCCGGCACCAUCGCUGGCUGCGCGUGCACAGCGAGACUCAGCCUGCGUCGCUCUCCGAGGGGGUGUACACACAGCAUCUCAUGAGAGCGACCGAAUUAUCCCAAGAGCCUACCUCCAGCGAGCAGCAAUUUCCCGCUGAUGGGCCUCGGAGCACUUUCUUACUUCAUACGACAAGCCUUCCAGAAGACGGGAAAGGCAAGUAUGAGGAAUCGAGGCAGAACAUCCGCAGGAUAUACGUUGAACCUUACAAGACCACGCUACUGGACGAAGAAGGCAAGCCUUGGGCCCUGAACGCACAAUCCGUAGGACGCGGGGAUUUGCACAACGCCACAGGACAAAAAACGGGUUCGGAUGACCAGUCGAAUUCUCCCCUCUCUGAAAUAUUCAGUAGCACACUGUAGGAGUUUGUAUCAGGUUAUUGCACUGCCCCUCACUGCCCGGAAGCGGCAUAGAGAGCAUUUUGAAUAUAGCGCUGUAUUUUCGAAACAACCUUUAAAAUUCAGAUCCUCAUCUGGAAUGCACACUGACUUCAGACGAGGAUCCAGCCUUAAACACUGGUCCCUGGUGGCGAGCGCAAAAUCGUUUGCAUCUGCAGUUUUGCCAAAAUUAUCAUUUUCAGGCACAUGCGACAGACAUCCAUCAUCUAACAUAAUGGUCUGUGACUUCAAAUAGGUAAUUAGGCAUUGACAUUUUCCUAAUUACUCCCACAAAUGUUGAGGCAUGCAGAAUUUCAGGCACAAAUGAUUUUGCCUAUAAAGCUAGCAGAUGCUCUCUAAGAUAUAUCUCCUCUCCAUCUCUGGUUAAGGUCACUUGAGAAGGAUAACAAAAGAUGUGUUUUCUCUUCUUCCCUGUAAAUGUUUCCACUUCCCAACAUGCACUUUCUGCAGAUUUGGUUUGUAGACACCUAAAGGCACUGAACGGUGAAGAUACCAGACGUACUUUCCAGUUUGUCCCCAGUUCUAGAGAAAUUAAAUCUAGCAAUUUGUGCUACAUACAGUCAGCGCCAACUCCGAACACUGGCAUACCCCAAUGCAACUGCGGUCCUUCAUAUUUGUUUCAAACCCUUAGAUUGAAGGAAACACAAAUAUCUGACAGUAUUAUUCUCCAAACCUAGAAGACUGAUUGCCAUUCAACAUCAAGAGCCAAGGGAAUUAGCUAGGUUUGCCUGAGCUGGCCUGACGGGUCAAUGAAUAAUACAUCGAAGAUUUAAUAGGAUUUAAAUGGAGCACAGGCCUUGUUCUGACCCUCUGCACAGAUUAUAUACAGGUAUUGUCAGUCCUAUUAGAGAUGAAUCCAUAAAAACUAGUUCCAAGCCUGUCUUUUUUUCAGGUCUGCCUCUAAAGUCCCAGGGCGUGUGAAUCAAUUAUUUUAUAUUUGGACACUUAGAAAUUUAGAUUUACAUCUAGAUCGGAGAAAACUUGGGCAGUUUGGAUCUAGGGUGUUGAUUCGGGUCCAUAUCUGGUCACCCUGUAAAAGGUCGUGGAAAAAGAUAGUAUCUGGACAUGCUCGACUUCCCUAAGGACACCUCAAAAUGAGUCCCAUUAUUUUAUCAUUUCCAACAUGAAGUAUGGCUCACAGACUCUUAAACUCCAGAAGAUGCCCUAGAAAGCUAAAUCCAUAUUAACGAGAGCCAUAAUCCCUGGAUCAUUUUAGUGCAAACCUUCUUAGGCUUUGGACAAAUUAACAGAAGUGGAGAGAGACCCCCAGGUGCUGUGCAGGCAUUUGACUUUUAAUUUUUCUUAUACAGUUCUUGAAGCUUAGUUUUAUAGGUCACAUUCCUACUGGUAAAAUUUGCUCGCUCCAUGUUUGCCCAGCUUUCUCCUCUUUCAGUAUUUCAGCCUCCGCAUGGAUAUACUCUAAGGCUUCCCAUAAAGCUAUUUGAGUCUAAUACGAAGGUUUAGAAGUCCUUGAGAUGAAGGUAAGCACUUGGCACAUAACCUGUGCUCCUUAUUAAACUAGUAUUUCCAUAAAGCCCCGGACUAUUAAAAUCCCACCCGUAACAUUUGGGCAGUAUGUAGAGGCCAAGAAAAGUAUCUUUGUUCUGAACUUAGGGAAAACACUUUCUCGGAGGCAUUUACAUUUGUAAUUCCCUGUGUUGUUAGUGGUGUUUUUUUCAUACAUAUCCAUGUCUUCACCUAUCACACGGACACCAUCCAAAGCCUACUGAGAACGGAAAGACUCCCAUUCACUUGCAGAAGCUUUGGAUCAGGCCUGCCCUGGAAAUUCGUGUCAGAGGGGAGGAGGCAAGGAGAAAUGCUAGGCCUGCUUACAGCUGGAAGAGUAGGUGUUUCAGGCUUUACCCCACGUGGAAGUACAGGAUAGGGGGAAAACAAACCACUAGAAGGCAAAGAGGUGCAGUUAGCCAUGUUAGUCUGAAGUCAGGUAGAAGGCAGGAUAGAUCUGCACCUUACAGACUAACUAAAGUGGAUUUAUGUAGCACAAGCUGAAGCUUGUGUCAUCACACAAAGCAGUGUGUAAGGUGAGACAGCUUUGAAUACACCGUAGAGCCAGACCAGGGCGUUGGCGGCAAAGAUUGUGCCAAGUUGUUACUCGCAGUCAUUGAUAAAAUGUUCUUUAUCAACAGGGACCAGGACAAUUUGGUGCCUGCGCUGUGCAGGCAAAACAAUUUACAGUGCACAGUACAGCACCUAGUCCUGUGGGGCCCUGACCCAUUUGACCGGUAAGCAAAAGGACCAUGGUUAUAGCUAAUAAAAAUAAACUUUUAUUGGGCUCUGAUCUCUCUUUUAUUGGGCUCUUCUAAAAUGAGAAGUUCCUAAAACACAUCCUGUCUUGCUCUGGUGCUCCAAGGGUGCCCCCCACGACUAGGGCUUGUGAUCACAAGCCGUCCCCCUGCUCCCCACCCCAACAAAACAGGCUGCACUCUGCUAGUUAGACAGAUGAUAGAAGACCUUUUAUUUUUUUCCACCUCUGCUCUUUAUUUCUUCCAGAAGCAGCCCUGCAUUUAAUAUGACUCCAAUGACCAACUUCUUUGCUGCUGUGAAGGGGUUGAUUUCUAUGGAGUUUUGCCUGUUUGUACCAGCAGAAAAUCUGACCCCGAGAUUGCAAACCGAAGUUGCAGUUCAGCCCUACAUCUUGAUUCCAAUGUUGUUUCAUAUAACUGUGUUUAAAUAACAUUCAAGGCAUACUUCCUUCAUCCCAUUACCUCCAUGCUGAGGUUCUCACACAUACUUUAACUUUCAGAAGCAUAACCACAUGUCAUCACUUCAUUUGGAAACAGACGGUCAAAGUAAUGAGUGAUUGGUACUGGGCAUAAAUACUUCGGUGGGGGUAAGACUUUGGGUUGUCAUUUGAUUUAAAUAUCUGUCCUACUAAUUACUGCCCCUAGGUAUCAAGUCAGCCAUUGGGUAAGCCAGUGCCUUUUAAGAGUGUUAGCAAGUCCUCAGUAAUUUAAAUGAAUCGUUAAAAAAAAAAGGUCUUUCGAUAAUAAAGAACAAAACACAGUCAGAAUAGCAGUUAUAGUGCUUUGCACUUCUGUAGCACUUUAUGACGGGGUGUCUCAAGUGCUUCGUAAGUGGUGAUGCUGAUUCAAUCUACUUAAAAGAAUCCCCUGCAGAGUAGGUAAAUCUUAUCCCCAUUUUAGAGUUUGGUAAAUCGGGGCAGAGAGGUUAAGUGACUUUCCCAAGAUCACAAACCGGUCAUGGAGCCAAGAGCAAGGGCCCACAGUAAAGAACAAAACCCAGGGAUGAAUCUUGGUCCCCUGAUCUAAUCACUAGACCACACUCCCCACAGAACACAGUCUCUUCUGUAAUGAAUCUUGCAUAGACACAUGACAGGCCAGAGGUCUGUGCCUCCUGUGCACCUGAAUAUUGCUAGCUAGAUCAUCAGCUGCUAUAAAUGAGCAUAGACAUGGGCCUGAAUAGGCUUCCACACACACAUCUGGAUAAAUAUCUGUUAUUCAUAUAGGUUAGGUAUAGACAUUCAAAAAGCCUGUGGUCAAAUUGGUCUAAGUUGCAUAGUUUUCUGUAAGGAGCAUAGUUUAGAUCGGUAGCAGACAGAACGCACGUUUGGCCGGGGGGCACAAGUCAUACACUGGGUCCUGCCAUUUUUAAACCAAUCUGUGCGCCAAACUUCUGUUCUGUUAUGGGUAUAAACUGGUUUCUGAUCACUUAUCCCAGUAAAGUGUAAUGUCUGUGCCUGGCCCAUAAAGCCAAGUGUACCCUAUUCAUUUGGAGUGUUUCACAAAGGAGUAUAAUUUCACCUGGGCCGCACCUUUUCCGUUUGCAGACGUGACGUGUGCCUGCAAGAAAAAUGUGCCUUCAUUUUGUGUACCCACGAACGAAUUGUGUGGAUCCAUGUCUUCACAGCUGUAGAUCUAAAACUUCCCGAUUUUGUGCUGGCAACUUAGUAGCCAGAUAGGCAAGUACAGAGACUCGCGCCCGCAGUUCAUUGCAUCUGCAAGAAGGUGGUCUACCCACUGACAAUUUGGCUCAAAAAGACCUAUCGCUAAAAGCAUCCAUCUUCCAUGCUUGUGUGUUUGCUUUGUGAAUUAACCUUUACACAUUAAUUAAUGAUUGGAUUUGCCAUAUAGCAAAGGCACACGCACAGAAAGCUAUAAAUUACUACUUCAUUGCUGAAGUGUAAAUAUUUUAAAAUGGAGCCAGUAAGGGGGGUGGGAAGAAGGGAAUGGAAUAUUUUAUCCUGAACGUUUAUGUUUGCAGUAUUUAAAUAGCAAUGUUUUGGAAAGAGAUGGUGCAUCUUUACGUUCAGUGGGUUAUAAAGAAAUGCAUUAAGUUGCUGGUCAACUCUUUUAAAAUGUUUAAACACAUGGCUCAUGACUGUUAUGUAAAAAUUCAAUGCAGCCUUACAAACAACAAGGGGUGUAGUGUAUUUGAAAAUCUGCUGUACACCCUGGAAACUUGUUCUAAGUUCUUGAUUCAGAGUGCUCUGAGGUGUUGAACUUUGCCAUCAGCAAAAAGUAUUUUUAGAAAAGGGCCAUGAAUUUUCAUACAACAUGGAUUUCAUCAAGUUCUGGUCUCUGUUUUUUUCCACUAUAGCAGCACAUAAGUCUAUUCGCAAAUACAUACACACACAUCAUUAUAUAUAUCUAUAUCUAUAGAUAUAUCUAUAGAUAUAGAUAUCUAUAGAUAUUUAUCUUCUACUUUGACUAAGGAGGAUUCAUGAGGCUAAAUCCUGUCCUUGCUGGCAGAGAUGGGAAGCAAGGAUACUGGGCCAUAGUAUCCUUUGCAGGAAGUCAGGGCACGAUUCCCCAAGAUUCACACCAUGGCAAUGAGCACUAGCGUACGCUGCGGGAGCACAGUGCAGGCAUGCCUCCUGCCAGCUGGUAAUUGCAGCCUUUCACCAUUGAUUAUAGAUCAGGCCCCACAGGCAGCUGAAGCUAUAGGGGAUCUUUCUAACCCACAGAGCAAGUCCCCUCAGAGCUACUAUGUAUGAGUCUUUAUAUUCAUUGUCUGUCUCUUAUGGCACACCCCACUUCUUGGAUGGAAGAAAAGCCUGAACAUCUCCCUGCCUUUCUGUACCCUGUCAGCAGGGGCAAGAUUUAGCCUUUAAGCUGGUCAUUUUAUGAUGAAGAAUUUUUCAUCUAUAACAUUUUUUUUUCCCAACUAUUUAAGUCGGUUUAAUACAAGAUAUCAUAUUCACCCAAAGAACCUUGUCUGCCUAUGAUGAAGAAGUACACUGCUAUUAAGUUUAUCUUAUUACUAGGCAAUGGAAAACCUCCUGUUUAGAAAGAUGGGGUUUUCCUUUUGCUAUCAUUGCCAGGGGGUGUUUAACUGUGGUUCAUGAAUGUUAAUGUUAAUUAAUGUUAAUUCAUUAAUAUUCAUUUUCCUUCAAACUGUGAAUUACUUAAGCACGUUUUCUGUUAAAUUGCACAGGUUUCUUUUUUGGUGUUUGCGUUUCUAUUAAUGUCACUUUGGGCCACGUUCUACCGUUCCUGGGUCCCAAGUCCCCCCUCUCGUGCCAUGCAAGUCAAGAGGGGUCCAAAUGCUGCGGGCGCUGCAGAUUCUCCAGUGGUAUAUCAUAGGGCAUCUCCAUGAAGUCCAAGGUUUCAAUGCCGAGUUUGAGAACCUGGCCCAAAGACUGAAUCAAGAAACCAAUAGAUUAAUUCCUGUCUAAAAAUGACAAAAGCCAGAGGUGAUCCAGGGCCCUUACCUCAGGCAAAAGUCACCUUGAAGUCAAUGGGAGUUUUGCCUGAGUGAGGACUGAAGGACACGACAUGCUGCAGUGUUGUGCCGUGCCGUGCAUGGUCCAGUGCUGGAAACAAAUAUUGCAUAAUUAAAACACUACAUAAAAAAAAAAAAAGGACCAAAUGUGAUUUCCAGGUUAUGCAAUGAAUCCUCCAUUAAAUGCAAUGGGAGUUGCGUAGACUUGCCCCGAGGAAGGUUUUGGUCUCAAACUCUUUAAAAUGACAAAGAUGUAAGACUGCUGCUUUUUUCCUCAGAGAAAAAGUAAUUGAAGUGAAGUGUGCAAGGCAGUGUUUAAUUGCUUCCUGCCUUGUUUGUACAUAGCAAUUUGGCUGUUUAUUGGUUGUCUUUGUUCCGAUUUUUAUUGUAACUUGUUGCUCUACAUGCAACCAAGUGUUUGUUAAAUUUGGUACAUUAUAAUGCACAAUUUUGUGUGCUUUAAAUACUUUGUAAAUACACAGAUGAACAAUGUAUGCUGUGUUAACUGUGAUCUUGGAACUUUACAUAAUAUUUUCAUGCAUAUGUAUCUACAGUUUGAAAAUACCAAUAUGUAUAUUGAGGAUGGCUGUGCGCCAAGAAUAAAUGAGCGCCGUAUGACUCAUGCUUCUUUAAUAAUUUCUGGAUGAGGCAUGUACAUUAAGUAAAAUAGAAGAUGGAAAUAAUUUUCAAAACUACAGGUAUUUUUGAUAACUUCAGAUGUUUAAUACUAUUUUAGGGGGGAAAAAAAUUGGUCACCAAAAGAAAAUAUUAGAUCUAUUCGAGUGAAUCAUUGUCGUCACAAUGUUCUUAACAUGGUAUAUUUAUUUUUGUUUCAUCCGACAUCAUGGAAAUCUAGUUCUUUUGCAUUUUAGAAGAUGAGAAGUGCUGUUGCAUUCUUAUAACACAGACUCUUUUAAAUAACCUUUUCAGACCCUAAAGCUCAAUAUUACCAUAUAUUCAGAAAUGUCCCACAAAACUACUGAUGGGUUACAAACAGAAGCUUCUCUAACCCUUGAGCUUCACCCCAUCCAUCCACUUAUUAUGGGGAAAAUUAAUUCUUCUCAAGCCAAAAAUUUCAAAUCUGGGUGUCCAAAUUCUGGAUCCUGGAUCCCUAUGCAGACACUUGCACAGAAUUGGCCCGAGUUGCUGGAGAGAGAAAAAAACCCCACUGAAGUCAAUGAAAACUGUAAAUGUAAUACACCUUUGAGAAUCCAUCUGCUUACAUUUAGGUGCCUGAAUAAAGAUCUAGGAGCUGUGCUUCAGGAUCCGGUUUUCAAAAUGCUUUUUUGUUUAGUCUAUCUAGUCGAGAGAAGAAGGGUACUGUAGCGGCUACUAACACGCAGGCACGAUUAUUGCAAGUCCAUUGACGUACUGGGAUCUAGCCACAUGGCAAACUGACUCUGCGAAAAUCAUUCUUUCCCCCAAGUCGUACAGGCCGUAUCAUUUUCAGCUGUGCGCACCAAACGCCCAGACGGACUGUUUAAACCAUGUUGCAAAACUACAGUCAAAGCAAUUACGGCGGGUGUAACGUACAAUCUGACCGCCGCCACGAGAGACGGCAGGCGUUGUCUCCUGGGAGUUGCCCCAAAAAAGAAAUAAGGUCUUCUGUCGUAACUUCUCUUAUCCUCCUCUUACAUCUCCCCGACGGAUCCAGGAAAGGACUCCAAUGCUAAUCUGAUAGUACUGGAGGGGGAGUAAGGUUAAGCCUAUGAUAUGCAAGCAAGAGAACACCACUGUUGUUUUUAAAUAAUGAAAUUAAGUGAUUUCUACAUGAGAUGAGUUUCUUUUACCAUAGUUUCUGAAACGGAAGGGUUGGCCCAUCUAUUUCAUACCCUUUCAGGGCCACCACUGCCAUAAUAUUGAAGCAUCGAACAAGGUUUCAUAUAUUAUUAUCCAUAUUUUCUAGGAGAAGCAUGGGGCAAAAAUAAUGGGCAAAGGAAGAAUGAUUUCUGUAGAGCCACAUAGGAAGCCUGUGGCAGGACCCAAGUCUCUGGUUAGUACCCUAAGCCCCGGAUCAUUCAUUCUUUCUAGCAGGCACCUGUGCAAGUAGAUCUGGUCGUACAAAUCAGCAUGUGCCCGUAUCUCAACCAUGACACGUUAUCGCGCUGCAAGCUUCAGAACAACAUCCCGCUCAAAAGCCUUGGACCUUUUCAUACGUUAGAAAAACACGACAACAAAAUAGCGCACAAGGUGGUGUUAGACAACAGGCAAAAAAUAUCCAUAAAAUGUCACUGGGUCAUUUCUCCUUCCUUCAUUACUGAUCUCUGAUGACUACAGUUUUAUCAUUUGUGCUGAGCUAAACAAAAAAAAAUGUAUAAUUAACCAUUUAUGGUAGAACAAAGGGGAUUGUCCAGAAAACAACACCACUACGAAGAAGGAAUAUUUCAUGUGCAUGUGUUUCCAAUGACUGUGGUGCAUUCUUGCACGUACCAUGCAUUUUUAGGAUAUGGUUGUUUGUACAUUUUUGCUGACUGGGAUUUGAGCCUUCUUUUAUGCAUAAGAAGAUAUCCAGGUGAGCGUUACAAGCCUUGCAAAAUUUUACAGCAAGUUUGUCAUGGUUUAUUGAAGAGGAAGGACAGUGCUGUUGUAUAAUUGCCUCUAUGUCGUUCACUGUUAUACUGAAAUGCUUUUAAACCAACUGGGGAAAAAAAAUAACCAAUUCUUAUUGGCAUGUUUGUGACUUGUUCUUCUGACAGCAACAGAUAACCAUUUUGUUGUUCUAUCCAGAUGUGUUAUCUUUUCUUAUGUAAACUGUCAUCUUUCCAAGCAACCUAUUAUCUUAUUUUUUAAUUCUAUCUUUAAAUAAAAGAUUUUUUUUCCAACACGC